CGGGCAGGGCAGUGCGGCGGCGGGCGGCGCGCAGCGCGGAGCGGCGGAAGCGCUUGCGGCGCCGGGACCCUCUGUGCGUGGCGCUGCUUGAGAGGCGGGGGCGAGGGGCCGCUGCCUGCCGGCCAUGUCGGGCCGGGGGAAGUCCGGCGGAAAGGCGCGGGCCAAGGCCAAGUCGCGCUCGUCGCGGGCCGGGCUGCAGUUUCCCGUGGGGCGGGUGCACCGGCUGCUGCGGAAGGGUAACUACGCGGAGCGGGUGGGCGCCGGGGCGCCGGUGUACCUGGCGGCCGUGCUGGAGUACCUAUCGGCUGAGAUCCUGGAGCUGGCGGGUAACGCGGCCCGCGACAACAAGAAGACGCGCAUCAUCCCGCGGCACCUGCAGCUCGCCAUCCGCAACGACGAGGAGCUCAACAAGCUGCUGGGCGGCGUGACCAUCGCCCAGGGCGGCGUCCUGCCCAACAUCCAGGCCGUGCUGCUGCCCAAGAAGACGCAGAGCUCCAAGAAGUGAGCGCUGCCCCCCGUCCCCCUGCCCCCAGCUCCCUUCUCACCCCUGCCUCACCACUCCUCCCGGUGGGGCUGCGUUCCCCAUCCUGCCCCUCAGCCCUGGUCGGGUGGUGAGCCCUGGCAGCACCCCACCAGCCCUUCACUAGCUCCUCUGGCCUGGGCCGUGGCAGGGUGCUGGGUGAGCAUGAGUGAGGUCAGGCCCUGCUUGUGUCCCCACUCUGCCUCUCUUCCCUCUGGAAGAAGUGGGUUUGGAGGUGGCAGCUGGAUCACAGUUGUUGGCAGUGGUGGCAUCUGGAGCCGUGCGGUUGGGUCACGGUGCAGAGCUGCUGGUAGCUGCUGAGGAUUGUUGUAGCUGGCAAAGGGAUGGACGCAGGCACCCCCGGCUGCCUCUCCCCUCUGCCAGCCCUGGGACUGUGCAGGGCCCCCCCGGCUGGCCCUGCUCGCCCCGGUGUGUACUCGCUGCUGCCGUGCCCCCGCCUCCAUCCUCAGCAAUGCCAUCCUGGCCGCACUGCAGCUGCGAGGGCAGGGGGCUGGAAAACGUGAAGAGGAGAAAAAGUUUCUCCAUUGGCAAGAAGUGGCUGUUAGUCUUAGUUUUGUUCAUGGUAAAGCUAGUGCAUUGCCUACUGUAAAGAAGCUUUAGUCCUAUUUAUUUUAAGGUCUCUAUUUUUGGGUACAUCCCUGUAAAGUCACCUCCUUGCAGCUCCCUGGCUCGGUGGGUGCUGGGGUACUCGGUGUUCCCACAAGCCGUGGGUCCCGGUAGCAGGGUGGGGUGGAGGCUGCGGUGACAAAUCCCCUCGGAGAGCGUCGCAAGGUCAGGCGCCCGCCGGGAGCGGGAGCUGCCAUCUUCUGCCAUGGCUCCCCUCCUCUCCCAGCUGCAGAAGCCCUUCAUCUCGCUGAGAGCUACCCUGUACCCUGGUUGCACUUCUGGAAAUUACAUACUCUGUCUCGUUUUUGUUGUUGUUUGUUCAGCACUAUUUCUGGCUCUGAGAAAUAAAGUGAUGAUAUCUGUUAACUGUAA